AUGUCUCAAGAGCUUUUAAUAUAUGUACAUUUAGGAAUAUUAUACAUUGUGGAUGCCGACGAUACUGUUAUUGAAUUAGUUGGAUUAAUGUUUGAUAAAGACCUUUCAGAAGAUCGAGUACUUUUUUCUAGUUGUUAUACUCAAUUAAAUACAGAUAUAAAAUGUUUGGAUAUAGAUGACGAGAAUUAUGACAUUAUUUGCAAAUAUAUAGAAAAUACACAUGGUCCAACACAUAAUUUUAAAGUUAUACCAAAAAAUAUUUUUAGUGUUUAUAGAAAAGGUGAAUAUUGGAGUUAUAAACCGAAUAAAGCAAUUGGUAAUCGUAAAUUAUUAUGGCAUGGGUUAUUAACUGAACCACCAGCUAAUGUUAACAUAAAUGGUAAAAUGUUUGGUAAUGGUGUUUAUUUUACUGAUGUUGUUACUAAAGCUGCACAAUAUAGUAAAAAUAAUAUCUUUUCAACAGAAGGUAUUCUUAUAUUAGCUGAAGUUGCAUUAGGUAAACAUUAUUAUAAAACAAAAAGUGAAAAAGUUGAAAAAUUACCAGAAGGUAAGAAUAGUGUCAAAGGUUUAGGUAAAUAUAAACCAAAAAGAACUGAAAUAAUAAGAAAUAAAUAUGGUACUCAAAUACCACUUGGACCAUUAGAAUGUCAUAAUGAUUUAUCAACUGAUCUUAAUUAUAGCGAAUAUAUUGUUUUUGAUAAUAAUCAAAUAUUUAUGCAAUAUUUAGUACAUUGUAAAUUUGAUGGUAUGGGUUGUGAAAUUAUAUGA